AUGGGACCUGACGGUGGUUUCCUAAGCAGUGGACAACUUCAUGUCAUUGUGUGGGGAAGUUUGGCAGCUGUGACAACACUCUUAUUCCUUACUUUCCUUAUCUUUCUGUGCUCCAGCUGUGACAGGGAAAAGAGGCCAAAACAUCAGAAUGGGGACCAUGAAAAUCUGAUGAAUGUGCCUUCAGAUAAGGAGAUGUUCAGCCAUUCCAUCACAAGUCUGGCUAUAGAUCCUCUUGUCAGCAGUGACCAGAAUGGGGGACUGAGCAAUGGGGAUGUUCUCUCAGAAGACAGCACAACUGCCUGCAUCCAGCCUUAUGAAGAAGUACAAACUUCUGUUUCUGAUCUGUUAGACCAUCAGGACGCUCUGGGAAAGUCGAUAAAAUGUCACCAGAGCCGGGAGCUACCCAGAAUUCCUCCUAAUGAUGCCAUGGAAACCAUCCUCUCCCCAAGAAAUAUUGAAUAUGAUCAGGGUCUUGGAAUGGAAGGGCCUUAUGAGGUCUUGAAAGAUAGCUCCUCCCAAGAAAACAUAGUUGAAGACUGCUUGUAUGAAACUGUGAAGGAAAUUAAGGAGGUAGGAGUAGCAUCCAACGCUGAGAGAAGCUGUGGCAGCAAACCAAAGUCUACACCGACAGUUGCUGAAGGUCUGGACCAGAUUCCUGAGCGCAGGACUGAAUCAGCAGAAUAUGCCUCCGUUGACCGAAAUAAAAAAAGUCGGCAAAGUACUAAUUCAGAGAGUCCUCUUGGCAACACUCCAGACAUGGAAGAUGAGGCUCCACCUCCCGUACCUAUGAAAUUUCUUGAUGAAAAUGAGAAUGUUCAGGAAAAGGAAGCAGAGGAGGAAGAAGAGGUGACUGAGAGGGCUGGUGAACCUGAUAAGAGGCUUAGUUCACUGUCUUACAAGUCUCGAGAGGAAGACCCGUCUCUGACAGAAGAUGAUAUUUCAGCUAUGUACUCUUCUGUGAGUAAACCAGGACAGGCCGUCAGAGUGCUGGAUUCUACUUACACUAGUAUUCAAGAAGUUGUACCUCAAAGGUCCCCAUCUAUUUGCAGUGGCCUCUAUGCUAGCGUAAAGGACUUGGAAAACACCUCAGACAUUACCACUGUGCCUCAGUCAGCGGACAGGCCAAAUGGGGAGUCAGAAUCGGACUACGAAGUUGUCCAGUCAGUAAGCCAAGAGGAAGACAAGACCUUAUCAGUGCCUAACACCAGCCAAGCUAUUCUCCAAGGAGAGAAUGACUAUGAGAGUAUAGGGGACUUGCAGCAAAACUCUAGGGAUAUCUCCAGACUUUAA